AUGGAGGAAGUCAGCAGCAACAACAGCAGCAGCAGCAGCAGCAGCGGCAGCAGGAGCAUGAGCAGCUGUGCUGCAUUCCGAGUGACUCACUUUGGUUUCCCCCCCAGCACCAGCACCAGCAGCAGCAGCAGCAGCAGCAGCAGCAGCAGCAGCAGCAAGGCGAAGGCAUCAGCAGCACUAGACGUUCAUCUCUCUACCUGUCUGCUGCUGCAGGUGGGGCCCCUCAACGUGCUGGUGGACUGCCCGCUGCUGCUGCGUUCGCUGCUGCACUCACCGCCGGUAGGUUACCAGACCCUCACAGCAGCAGCAGCAGCAGCAGCAGCAGCAGCAGCAGCAGCAGCAGCAGCAGCAGCAGCGAGUCCAGCAGCAGCAACAGCAGCAACUGAGGCAGGGGUGGGGGCCUCCUCCGGCCGCCUCAGAGUGCAGCAGCGGCUAGACCUGCAGCAGCUGCUGCAGCAGCUGGGGGGGGCCCCCCUUCACGCUAUACUUAUAACGAACCCCCAUGGUCUGCUGGGGGUGCCGCUGCUGCUGAGUCAGCUGCAGCAGCAGCAGCAGCAGCAGCAGCAGCUCCCCACCAUCCUUCAAGGGGAGACCAAUGACGACGUGCUGCAGCUGCUGCAGCAAGGCAGCAGCAGCAGCAGCAGCAGCAGCAGCAGCAGCAAAGCUUCGCAGCUAGAUAUAGAAGCGCUGAUGCAGGUGUGCAGCUACGGGCAGCGCCACACCAUCCGAGCUGCUGCUGCUGUGCCAUCUGCAGCAGCAGCAACACCUGCAGCAGCAACACCUGCAGCAGCAACACCUGCAGCAGCAGCAGCAGCAGCAGCAGCAGCAGCAGCAGCAGCAGAGCCUGGCCUGCAGCAAGAGUAUAUAAUAACCCCCUUCAGCAGCGGCUUUUGUUUAGGGGGAGCCAACUGGCUGAUAGAGACCCCGGGCGGCAAGAAGCUCUUCAUUGUGGGCCCCAGCAGCAGCAGCAGCAGCAGCAGCAGCAGCAGCAGCAGCAGCAGCAGCAGCAGCAGCAGCAUGGGGAUGCUCGGUGAUGAUGAUGAUUGUGCUGCUGCUGCUCAUCGUAAACCACUGGAAGCAGACUGGAGCUGUCUUGCUGCUGCUGAUGCUGUUGUCUUCUUUGAGUGUCAGCAGCCGCGGUUGCUUUCAUCCCCCAGCAGCAGCAGCAGCAGCAGCAGCAGCAGCGGCAGCAGCAGCAGCAGCAGCGGCAGCAGCAGCAGCAGCAGCAGCAGCGGCGGCAGCAGCAGCAGCGGCGGCGGCAUGAGCGGCACAGCAGCAGCAGUGAAGAUCCUCGAGGAACCUUUGGGUGGCAGCAGCAGCAGCAGCACCAGAAGCAGCAGCAGCAGCAGCAGCAGCAGCAGCAGCAGCGGCUUAGCUGAUAGCAGCACCAGUACACGGGGGCAAACAGUGCAGCAGCGAGUGCAGCUGCUGAUGCGUGUAGUUGCUGCUGCAGCAGCAGCAGGCAGCAACGUGCUGCUGGUUACGGAUCCCUGCGGGGUGCAGCUGCUGGACCUGCUGCCGCUGCUGCUGCGAGCGUGGCCGCAUGCUGCUGCUGCUGCUGCUGCUGCUGCUGCUAGCUGCGUAUACACCGUAGGCUACAACUGGCCCAAGCUGCUGCGGUAUGCUGACGAAGCUAUCGAGUGGCUGCAGCCUCCCCAGCAGCAGCAGCAGCGGCAGAAGCAAAAGCAGCAGCAGCAGCAGCAGCAGCAGCAGCGUGGGGAGACAACAGCAGCAGCAGCAGCAGCAGCAGCAGCAGCAGAUCUGUGCUGCGACCCGCCAUUCGGAUACGCAGACAUGCAGCAGAUGCAUCGCCUGGUUGUUGCUGAGCUGCUGCAGCAGCUGCCUACAUUAAAGAAGCCCUUUCUGGUUGUUGCUGCUGCUGCUGCUCUGCGUGCGGGACCAGCAGCACAGCUGCUGCAGCAACUCAGGAGCAGCAGCAGCACGCUGCUGCUGCUGCUAGACCCCGCCUUCUCGGCCCCAGGAGAUGUCAUUCGUUUGCCUUCGCUGCUGCAGCAAGCAGCACUCAAGCAGCAGCUGGCGCAGGAUGUAUGUGUGCUGCUGCAGCGCCACCAGCAGCGGGAGGAGGGGCCUGCUGCUGCUGCUGCUGCUGCUGCUGAGGGCAGCAGCAGCAGCAGCAGCAAGGAACGCAGCGUUGCUGCUCUUGCAUGCGCAGUUGAAGCAAGAGCUAGACAGCUUGCUGCUGCUGCAUGCGGUCUGCUGCUGUGGCCCUUUACCUACGAUGAGUCUUUCAUAUCUCCCGUGCUGCAGCAGCACGUUGCUGCUUCUGCAUGCGUUGCCUUACCAUACUUCUUCGAUGGUGUUCUCCCCAGCAGCAGCAGCAGCAGCAGCAGCAGCUCUCAGCAGCAGCAGCAGCAGCAGCAGCAGCCAUCGUUUCACCUGAUGCAGCCAACGGCCUUGCUGCCGCUAGAGAAAGGAGUUGCUGCUGCUGACGCUCUGCUGCUGUCUCAGUCUUUCUCGCUGCUGCAGGUUGCUGCUGAUGAUAUGGAGAUGCAUGCAUACGAAGCCCCAACACCAGCAGCAGCAGCAGCAGCAGCAGCAGCAGCAGCAAGAUCAACUGCUGCUGCUGCUGCUGCUGAAGGCGAAGAGCAGCAGCAGCAGCAGCAGCAGCAGCAGCAGCAGCAGCAGCAACGCGUAUUCAUUGCGCCUGUUGGUGAGGGUACUCUGCUAUACUGCAAAGGAGGGAACGCGACGCUGCUACCAGCUGCUGCUGCUGCUGCUGCUGCUGCUGCUCCAGCUGCUGCUCCAGCAGCUGCGGCUGACCCAGCAGCUGCUGCUGAUCCAGCUGCUGCUGCUGAUCCAGCAGCAGCAGCAGCAGCAGCAGCAGCAGCAGCUGCUGCUGCUGCUGCUGCUCCUAGCUGCAGCUGCCCCACACUGUUGUUCGGAGUGCCGGACCUGCAUGCGAUGGCCGUGCUGCUGCAGCAACGAGGCUUUGCUGCUUCUGUUGCUGCAGUGGAGGGGGGAGAGAGAGCUGCUGCUUAUCCUUGCUGCAGCACAGCAGCAGCAGCAGCAGCAGCAGCAGCAGCAGCAGCAGAGCUUCGUGUUCCUGCACUGAAAGCUUCACUCGUUUACCACCCCUGCUGCGGCGUCGUUGAUAUUAGGGCCCCGCAUGCAAAGCCAAGACAGCUGCUGCAGCAGCUGCUGCAGCAAGUGCUGCUGCAGGCCACAGUGCAUGCUGCUGCAUGCAGCUGCAGCAGCAGCAGCAGCAGCAGCAACUCUGCUCCUGCAUGA